AGGAGACAGAGCAGCAGAGCACAGGAAGCAGCAGAGCAGCAGCCAGUAAAAGAAGACAGAGGUAAACAUGGCUCAGGAGGACAGCAUGGCGGUCCCAGAGUUCCUCAGUAAAGCUGAGUUAUUAAAACAAGGCGCAGAGGCCCGGGUGUACCGGGCACACUUUCUGGGAAAGCCAACCAUUGUGAAGGAAAGGUUCCCGAAACGCUACAGACACCCCGCGCUGGACGAGAAGCUGACACACCGCCGGACGGUGCAGGAGGUCCGCUCCGUGCUGCGCUGCCGGAAAGCAGGCAUACCUGCCCCUGUAGUGUACUUUGUGGACUACACCUCCCACUGUAUUUUCAUGGAGGAAAUCAUUGGCUCCUCGACUGUGCGUGACCACAUCAUGUCCGCUCGGCAGUCUGAUUCCUGUAAGGAGCUGGAGCUGGAGCGGCUGGCUGAGAGGAUGGGACACAUCCUGGCCAAAAUGCACGAUGAGGACGUUAUCCACGGAGACCUGACCACCUCCAACAUGCUGCUGAGAUGCAGUCUGGAGAACGGGGAGUCCGACCUGGUCCUCAUCGACUUCGGCCUGAGUUACAUCUCUGCUCUACCGGAAGAUAAGGGGGUGGACUUGUACGUGCUGGAGAAGGCCUUCCUCAGUACCCACCCCAACACAGAGGCACUGUUUGAGAAGCUGCUCAAGAGCUACACAGCGGCAUCCAAGAAAUCAUCAGCGGUCAUUAAAAAGCUUGACGAGGUUCGAUUGAGAGGGAGGAAGAGGUCGAUGGUGGGAUGAUGAUCCAUGCUGUGGACAGAGAUAAAUGAUGUUUCUAAAAAAGAAGUUUUGAUUGUGCAAAAUAGACUAAACCAUCAUCAAAUAAAAAUGUUUUGUAAUAAAAUAAAAGUUCUUUCUCUUUAUGUAAGGCUGAUAUAAAAAAGAUACACUUUGUAAUGAUGAUAGCACAUUUUCGAACAGUUUAUAUGUUGACGUCUCCAAACGUCACAAAGUCAGACACACAACAUAACAGGAAG